UGACAUACAUAGGUGCCUCACUUGUUUGGAAAGGGUGGUGUUGAUAGUUGCUGUGUAUCUAAAGGUGUGGUCCUUGCAGGGAGCCAGGCUGAUACCAGAGAAUGAAAACCAUCAAGUCAGUUCCAGCGUUGAACAGUUGACGCUGAACUUGAAACUGGGAGAACUUAAACAACGUGUUUCAGAAAACGUUCCAGAGCCCCGUUUUUAAUAAAAAUCGUGGAAAAUAUGUAUGGGCUAUGAGAAAUAGAGCUAAGCUAUUGCAUGAAAGAGAUACGUGAUGAUCACAUUUUUUGUGAACUUAAUAGAAAAGUAUUUCAGUACUAAAAUUAUUUCAAUUUUUAAGGUGUUAGGAAAUCCUCCUGGUGGCCAUUGCAAAGAGCACAAGUCAUGGCCAAGCUCCAGGUUGCAAGGGUUUUCUUGCAUUUGCAGGCAGGACCUUAGCAUGAACAGGAGUUCAGUACCAGAAGAGCACUACUGUAGGGCAGAACUCCUCCCUUGUUGUCUAAUCACUAGCGUAAAUCUGCAUUGCUACAGGUAUGGUAGGUAGAUGUGUUUCCUUUCUCAUCUUGUUCCUAGGCAGAAUAAGGAUGUUCUAGCCAAUUUUUUAUAGGCUGUGAUUACCUGGUCUGAUUUUCUGAGUUGGUCAGCUCUAGCUGUAGAGGUGGAAAGGUUUUCUUCCACACCACUUUUGUUUAUAACCAUCUAUUUUUUUUCCACUUGACACCUCUCUUUGGCCUAACUAUGGCUGAAGCCUAAAACGUGUAGAGCACUCCCUACAGGACUUGUUCAUAUUCCAUCAUCCCUGCUACCAAUCACCGUGUAUGCUUUUCCUACCUGUUUUGGGGCAAGGGGAGCCCUCCCAGCCUGUGCUUGUGUCAACACAUCAUGCGCUGGGAUCCUGGUCUGUGGCUACAUUCCCAGUGUUGCUAAAGUUCUCUGCUGCAUGGAGCUGGGGGGUUUUUUAUGCAUGGAAGAUGCUCAAGUGACCCUGUUUGGUUGAAUGUGUAAGUUGUUUUACAUGGAUUGGGCAAAUCGAUCUGCCUCUUAAAAUCUGCUAAAGCAGGAUACUACUUUAUAAAUAACUCUUUGGCCUUUACCUUGCCUCCCCAGGGCUGUGCAGUAUCCUGCGCUCUGACAUUGCCGUUGUUAACCUUCCACCAUCUUGAUUUGUGAGUGACAAAGGCUGAAUUUGCCACCUUGGUGGGGUGAAGGGCUUCCCUAAGAAGAAUCAUUUUAUUCCUGCCGAAGAGGUGCUUGGUCUAUGGCACUGUUCAUCAGUUGGUGCCCCCACAGGUUUUUCACAUCUGCUUUAUGAGGCUGGCCUCCUACAUAGCCAAACACACCAUAGGAGCUGGUGAUUAGCAAAAGGACUCAACCCUUGCAUCGUUUCAGAAAAGGCAGUCCAGUGGGAGGUGGCUCUCUGGCACCUUUCCCGGCAUGACUGGUCAGUGUUUGUGGCAUGACUGCGAGGAGCCCUCUGCAUUAGCAAGUCUUUGCUUGGGCUGUGUGCUGUUUCCAGGGUGCUGUGGCAGAGAUUUGCAUAGUAUUUGCAGCUAUAGACUGCAUGGGUGAUGGCUUUUUCUAAGGAUUUUAAUGAAAUCUAAAAGACGAGACUUUGGAAGGAAACGCAGAUUGUCUGUGAGGUUGUAUCUUUAGCGUGAGGGAGGGCGUCAGGCAUGAAGUGGAUCGUGCUGAGAAACUGCUUCUGUGAUUAUUGUCAUUUUGAGUGCCAGCCUAGGAGUGUGUUUUGAUGAGCUUUGCAAAUGUGAAAUGAGAUGUGUCCAUUUCAAUCAUCAUAAGGUCUGUUCUUAGACCAUGUUGGGUGGUGAACAACAGUAGCUGAGCAAACAAAUCCCUUCUCUGUAUGUUGUUCUUGAAUCCUUUCUCCACUAUAUUUUCAUUACUAUCAGUAAAAGUUUUUAAGUCUCUGCAAAGAGGGGAUCCGUCCCAAGGAAGUGCUCUUGUGCCAGAGUUAUUUUAUGUGUCCACUUUAGGGGAAUGCUGCUGGGGAUGAUGUUCUCUUGUUCUUGGCCUAGUCAGGGGAACAUGAGAAAGCUGAGGUUGGGGAACUCAUCCUGUUCCCUGUCCUGUUGUGAAGCAGCAGUAGAGUCUUUCCGAAACAGCUCAGUUACAGUGCCGUGGUUGGCCCUCAGUACUGGCAGCUUUUUCUGGGGAGAACCAAGUGAUCACUACAGUGACGGCUCCUGCUAAUUGCCAGUAAAGAGUUUUCAAGUCUUUAACUGGAGAAUCAUGCUUUGGAUUGUUGGUAAGCAAGAGAAAAUAUGUCUUUGUUCAACUCUUACAUAUUAAAUUAAAAACAGCUAGCAAUGGUCUGAAUUACCGGCCUUUUCACCUUCCUAUAGCUAGUUUUCAACCCUAUUCAGUUGUUCCUGUAAUGGAGAAGCGAGAGAAAAAUUGAAGUCUAAAAGGAUUUCAGCUUCAGGCUCUCCUUACCCUGCACAAAAAUGGUUCUAACUCUUUUAGCUUAGCUUUGUAUUUCCGCCCUUCCAGACAAGUAGCUUGACUUCCGCAAAGCUAGACUAGCCCUGUCUAGCGCCAGUACUUCCAGUGCUUUUCCAUGCUAGGCUUGACAGCUAUUGAGAGGACAGGUCACUUGCCAGGACGUCCUGUUCCUCAGCUGCUUGCUUUUGUAGGCUUCCUGAAUUGCAACAGUAUUUGGCAUCUGUAGGCUCUCAAUAAAAUUCCUCUGGCAAUAGACUUGAAAGGUAAUUUAAAGAUGUGACUAGCCACAUUUUAUGUUGCUUGAAGUUCUUAUGCUGUUAUUAGUUUAAUAAUGUUAAGCAGAACAAGUUGAUGCUUUGCUAAAAUAGCUCAGCUUGUUCAGAAACUGAGGGCCGUAAUUUGUUGAGCUGGGGCUUCGCUGGAUGACACAAUGUUUUUAUUGAUGUCUUUGGUAGCCCAUGAAUAUUUAAAGUUUGUUUAUUUUCUGUCCUUGUAAUACUGUUUGGUUUUUUUUUCCCUAGAUAAGCAACAUCUUGUUUUUUGUUUUACCACCCAUAUGUAUGUGCUUGUUCCGUCAGUAUGCAACCUGCUUCAACAGUGGAAUAUAUUUAAUAUGGACUCUGCUAGUUGUGGUUGGAAUUGGAUCUGUUUACUUUCACGCCACCCUCAGUUUCCUGGGUCAGAUGCUGGAUGAGCUGGCUAUUCUCUGGGUCCUGAUGUGUGCUCUUGCCAUGUGGUUCCCUAGGAGAUACCUGCCCAGAGUUUUUCGGAAUGACAGGAGCCGAUUUAAAGCUGCUGUGGGUGUCCUGUCUGGAGUUACUACCUGCCUUGCCUUCAUUAAGCCUGCCAUCAACAACAUCUCAUUAAUGACUCUGGGUGUUCCCUGCACAGCUUUGCUCAUUGCUGAGUUGAAGAGGUGUGAAAACCUGCGUGUGUACAAACUGGGUCUCUUUUCAGGUCUUUGGUGGAUGCUAGCACUUUUCUGCUGGAUCAGUGACAAAGUGUUUUGUGAGAUUUGGUCCUCAUUUAACUUCCCCUAUUUGCACUGUGUAUGGCACAUUUUGAUUUGCCUUGCGGCAUACCUGGGCUGUGUCUGCUUUGCUUACUUCGAUGCUGCCUCUGAGAUCCCUGAGCAGGGCCCUGUCAUAAAGUUCUGGCCCAGUGAGAGAUGGGCGUUCAUUGGGGUUCCCUACGUCACCCUCCUCUGCGCGCACAAGAAAUCACCUGUGAAGAUCACGUGAAAUUUGCCAUGAAAUGGGGAUGGAAUUUCAACUUAUGUUCCGGCACAGACAGUAUUUAAAUAAUGAUAAAUGAAUAGGGUUGUACUUUUAGCUUCUUCGUAAGAUAUGCAGCACUUCAGGUGUCAUAAAAGAGGAGGCAAGUGUGUUCUUUUCUCCCUCUGGAGAGGAGAGAGGAAGCAGGAAGGUGAGGCUCUUGAACACUAAAGUAACCACUAGCUUCUCUAGUUGGCUCUGUUUUGCACUGUUUUUUCAAUGUAGCAUUUCCCUUGAUAAAAUCUCUUUCCAAAUACCAGGGUCUAGAAAUGAUAUUUCUGCAGUAGGUUGCCUCUGGUGCUUGAUUCACUUCUUUUGUAACUUCUGGUUUAAGGCCUUCUUUGCAAAAGAAGCCAGGCCAAGAUCCUACAUGCCGUCCUGUGUCCUUCUCAGCUCUGAUUUUGAUAGGGUUGCACAUGGCCACAAGAGUGUGCUCGAAGCACGUGCUCCUGCCAGCCUGGCGUGUAACACAAGGAGUCUGGGUGUGCAUCACAUUGGAUCAUGGAUUAUGUGGUCGCUUCCCCAAGUACAGCAAGGAGACCAGUGCAAAGUGUUUGCAACUGAGUAACUGGAUCAGUGCAGUUAGGCAGUGUAAAUGCGUGAAUAGCUGACAGAAGGUUCAGUCCCUAAAACUAACUAGGAGUUCAAGGGUUUUGAAUUUUUCUGUGUUUCCACUGACCUGUGGACGUUUGUAUGCUGCAUAUUUCCCUUUUACAGAGAUGUCACAGAAAUCCCUCUCUACCUCUGCAGACAUCUUUGGUCUUGAAUUUGGUGUUGAAGCUCACACAGAAGUGUGAACGUUAACUUCAGUAAGAGCUCAGGUGGUUUGACAGUGUGAUUAAAUCGUAGAAACUUGUAGGUGCCUAGCUGUAUGUCUAAUUUGAGAGUUAAAUUCUCACCAAAGCAUUGCAAAGUGACAUGAACAAUAGCCUAGUGCUCUGCUAUACUUCGGAAAAAAGCAGAUAACCACUUAAGAACCAAGCUGAAGACUUAGAUUUCAGUGAGCAAUGAAAUGUGACAUUGAGUCUUGCAUUCUUACAAACAAAUAGUAGAUGCAAGUUUUCUGCUUGUUUUCAAGUCUGUUCCGUAGAGAUAAGGGAUGUCUAGAGCCAUUUAGUUUCAAAGUUAUAGUUUGGGGUUGAGGUUCAGGAAUGGCUAUGGUUCUUGCAAGCAAUUUGUGCUAGGUCUGUUUAAAAAAUUACGCAAAGUGCGGACAUGUUUUUCAAAUAUUAACAGUUGUAGCUGCUAACAGCUGCAUUCUUGGAGAAAAUAGGGUCUGCUUAUGUUCCACCUAAUAUCAGAACUGUAGAUGGGUUAAGGCUUUGGAUGUACACUUUUAUUAAUAAGUGAUAUUUCCUUUUUUGAAUAUUAGACCAGGAAAUACCAUUUCCUCUGUGCUUUGCUUAAAAAGUCUUAUGUUGUACUUGUUUUUUAUCAACGUGAAAAUGCACUCUAUACAGUAUCAUCUUUAGGAAAGUGGCUUUUAACAAGAACUUUGGGGUGAAUUAACUUCCAAGCAUUGUAAAAACUUUUCAGAUAACUUUUGUACUCAAAUUUAUGCUUAGAAAACAAGAGCUAAGAUGUAUGCUGUUACACUUAAAGCGAAGUUGUUAGUGGAAGAUAUGACUGUCAUCUUGAGAACUUCAAAGCGGGUGAGUAGCCUACUGUCAGAUUGACUGACAGAUCAGAAAAGAAGUAAAAUCUGUCCGGUGGAACAAUGCAGAUUUAUACCACUUGAUAGAAGAUUUGUCCAAGAGAAAUGUGGUUUAUGGACACACAAUCAUAUAAUUUUUGUAUGAAACUUGUUUGUAAAAAUUCAUACAGUAAUGUUUGUUACUCUUUGAAGCAUAGCUGCUUUUUCCUUUUCUUCCUCUCUCCCUAAUUAUGAAAUGCUCAGUUUCAAACGCUUCUCAGGUAUUAAAAGUCAUAUGAUUAGAUCCUUAUACAGAUAGGCUUGCUGGCUGGUACCCAGCUAAGGUUGCUGAUGCCUGGCAUGGCCCCUUUGAGUAAGAUUUUUCAAUAUUGUUUGCUAAAUUAUUAUGUUACAGUAAAUAAGUUAUUUUCAGUAUUGGUUGGGAAAUUAUUAACUGCAGACGUAAUAUCCUAUUCAAAAUGACUGGAGCCUUCCUACUUAAUAUUUUGUUUGAAAACAACCUCUGACUCAAAGGGCUCUAAGCAACCUGCUGUCAACUGCUGUUGUCUGUUCUGCAGAGUCUGACUGCUCAUAAAGAAGUAAUUUUACAAUUUAAAAAAUGGUGGUAGUGCAUUCAGCUAUUGCAGAGGUGAAUGCAUGCAGGCCAAGAAUAAUCUCCUUUUUUUAAUUAACCAAUCUCCAGCCUUUAUACUCUUUAUAGGAGAUUCUGUGAACAAAGAUCACUAGCUGAUAUUCAAAGCUCCACUGUAGAACUGGUUGGGAGUAUUCCACUGUAACAGCAGCCCACCCCUUCUAGAUAUAGCUACUGCACUUUACAUUAAAUUAAUAUUAACUUAUAUGUUCUGACAAAAGCGACAUUUAUUUCAAGAAAGAAGAAACAUGCAGUUUUUACCAGAUUGACAGCUUUACAGAUUGCACUUUGGACUAAGGCUCCAGUUCACGAUAGCAUAAGUACCCAAAGAAGUAUGUGAUUGGCAUACAGAGGGGUUUGUGCACUGCCUGAUCAUACAGAUGAAUAGACACAUGCGCACAAGUAGCUGUAUUAUAUUGGAGUUUAAAGUGAUGUAUAUGCAUCCUCAGGUUUUAAAGCCCCAGAAUGCUUUCUUCCAUUGCUGGCAGGAAUUGACUGGAUUCCUAGUCCUUAGGUUCAAUUAGUAUUUUAGUUUAAUUAGUGGGAUGCAAUACUGUGUUGAGCAUAAUGUAGAUUCUAUAUAUUGGCGUGUGAUAUCAAUCAUCCCUUGAAUGUUAAACUUCAGGUUAUUUAAGAAGGGAUAUUUAGCUCUCAGUGACGGCAAAGACUUGCCCAAUUCACAGUUACUAAAAAUGAAUAGUAUGUAAGGAGUGGUGUUGGGGUUUGGGUUUUUUUCCAUCUCUUCUGAAGUCUGUAUACUGAAUGUUUGUGGAAAGCGUGUAAUACU